AUGUCGCCGCAGGAGGAGUCGUGGGACACGGUGGGAAUAUUUGUGUUCCCUGGCUUCGAGCCGCUCGAUGCCUACGGCCCAAUGGAGCUCUUUGGAAGCAUGAUUCGAGAGGGUCUGCGCAAGGUGAAGCGCAUCGUCUUCGUGGCGGAGACCGCGGGCCCGGUCCCCUCAUGCUUCGGACCCAGCACCGUGGCAGAGUACGGCCUCGACGACUGCCCCCCCCUGGACGUGCUGGUGAUCUCGGGGGGCAUUGGCACCCGCAUCCUCAUGCACAAUACCCGAGUCGUGGACUGGCUGCGAUCCCAAAUACUCGAUCAUGACGUGCGGCACGUGCUCAGCGUCUGCACAGGUGCUGCCCUCCUAGCUGCCACCGGCCUGCUGGACGGCAAGCCAGCCACCACCAACAAGGAGCUCUUCACCUACAUCCGCCAGCUGUUUCCCGCGGUGCAGUGGCAGGGAACCGCGCGCUGGAUAUCGCAGGGCAAGGUGGUCACCGCCAGCGGGGUGACCGCCGGCAUGGACGCUGCGCUCUCCAUCAUUGAGGGCACCUUUGGCGCGGAGGUCGCGGAGCGCGUGGCGCGGGACGUCGAGUACAUUGGCGACUGGAGGCAGGCAAGCAACGACCCUUUUGCGCACCAUUCCUCCUCCGACGACGGCGAGGGGGCCGGGUAG